CACUCCCUUGUUGCUCCUUUUCUUUUUGUCAAUCACAACAACAAUCACAAGAAGCACUUUCGGAGUCUGAGCUUUCACUCCUUUCCAACUUCUCCAUAUAUCUAUCUAUCUAUCUGCAACCUCUUAUCUUUCUUUCUCUGUUAAUUCAAACCCAUCAAUAACUCUUUUUCUCACACAAUUAACCAUUUUCCUUUCUGGGUUCUUGUGUAAUUUUGUUGAUUUUCCAUUCCUUUUUUCUUUUUUGCUUCUGCUGAGUUAGUGGUGUGGCUUAUGAGUUAUGAGCCCCUUUCUAUUAUGAAAAGAUUGGAAAUUUCUUAGGGGAAAGGUGUGCGGUGGAUGGAUUUCCAUCCAUGCAGUUGUUGAUUGAGGAGGGGUUAAUUUGUUUUCUGCGAUCAUCGUUUGGUAGUGCUUGAACACAGGAUUUGUAGAUAUGCAGAGGGUUCUAUUUUGUUUUGUGAUUCUGAGAUGUGAAUUAGUGGUUGGUGAAGUGAAGAAUCAAGGCAGUGUUUGUAUGAUAAAUUGACUUUUGGAUCAAGAAAGAGAAGUUUUAGUACACCUAGGUUGUGAUCUGAUUGUGAGUGAGGGAAGCAAUAUCCAACGGUGAAGUCGUGGAAGUUUGCAACUGCGAAGAGGAGCAGAAGAUCUAGAUCAGUGAUUUGGUUUCUGAAGCUAUGGCGAUUCGCGAUCAGAAAGGAUUUAACAGAUCACAGGAUGAUCCUUCAGUAGGAAGUGGUGUAUCUUUGAGUUCUGGAGUGCAUUCCGCUCCACAUAUUCAACUUAAUGACCAGUUUUCCUGUGGGAGUGACUACGCUCUGAAGGUAAGGAAACCAUAUACUAUCACAAAACAGAGAGAGAGGUGGACAGAUGAAGAACAUAAGAAGUUCCUUGAAGCUUUAAAGCUGCAUGGUCGGGCUUGGCGGCGUAUUGAAGAACAUGUUGGCACAAAGACUGCUGUGCAGAUUCGAAGUCAUGCUCAGAAGUUUUUUUCCAAGGUUCUUCGCGACCCUACUGGGAAUGUUACAAAUAGAGCGGAAUCAAUUGAAAUUCCUCCUCCAAGACCAAAACGAAAGCCAAUGCAUCCUUACCCUCGUAAACUAGUUGAGACUCCUAAUAAAGAAACUUCAAUCCCAGAACAACUUAAGAAGUCUGGUUCUCUGAAGUCAUCAGAUUUUGAUCAAGAAAACCAAUCUCCGAAAUCAGUAUUAUCAGGAGCUGGUUCAGACAUCCUUAGCUCCUCAGAUUCAGACACACCAAAUGAAAGUAUGUCCCCCGUGUCAUCCAUCAGCGACAUCCAUACAACAUCCGAAGAAGCUGGGAUAAACGCUGAUUCUUCUCAUGAUGAGAAGUCUCUUAUGAAAUUAAAGCUUCCUACAAAGGAAAGUGUUUUCAUCAAAGAAGAAUCUUCCGGGCAGACUUUGAAACUCUUUGGGAUUACACUUUUUGUAACAGAUACAUGCAAACCCUCUUCUCCAAGAACUGAAGCAUGCAAACCAAUACCUCUAAACAUAUGCAAGGGGGAUGGAAGAUUGGAACUUAUUGGGCACAUCACACCCAGUGAAACAUCAGCCAUAUCCCUACUAAAGAUGAGAGAGGGUCCUGAAACAUGUGAUGGAAAAGGGUUUGUGCCAUAUCGAAGGUGCAUGGCAGGGAGAGAAAACCAGUCUUCAUCUGUGACAAAUGAUAAUAGAGAAGAGCAAUGCAUCCACCUUUCGUUGUAGCUUUACCCGAGAUGGUUUUUCCUUCAAAAGGUGUUCCCUUUGAGAUGAUGAGCUGAAAUGCUUGUUUAAGCUGUUGAAUGUGAGUUGGCAUGACACAGGUGGAAAAGGGGGUAGCUGGAAAUUUUGACAUUAAUGUUGCAUCGCACAUUCUUCGGCAGUUCAAAUCCGUAAACCUGUCGUUUUGUAUUUUUCUUUUUUAGUUUCAAGUUUCAACUGUGAAUUAUAUCUAGUGUUUUUAUUUUCCAACUUUUUAUGCUCCGUAUGAGCACGCAGAGUGUAAGUUACAUACUUGUGCCGUGCUUGUGAACCUACUUGUUCAUAUAUUCUAAAGCUUAGAAAGAUGGAAAAUUUUCAAACA